AAUAAUAAUAAUGAAAACAACAAAACUUAAGGAAUAUAGAUAAAUGUAGAUAAUAAUAAUGACCAACAACUAACUAUAACAAUGACGAUAUGUACAAUGGUCUGACCAUUUUGAAUUGAGCGUUUAGGCAUUGUCCUUUCUGGGGAUUCCCCAGUCUGCAGGGUUGCUACACUUAUACCAAGACACACCUCAUGUUAUGUACUUCCUACCUCAAAAUUAAAUAGUGUUGUAGUAUAUAUACACUGUGACGCUCUAAAAAAGGCAAGUUGGUGUAAUAUACCUUUUUUUUUUUUUUUUUUUUUUAAUGAUACUUGCAUUGUUUUUUGCAAAACAUCACAAUACUUAGCAUUGUUUCCUCCAGGCGUGGUCAUGUCUCCAUGGGUGACCGAGUGAGGUCACAUGGUCAAAGUGACCAUGUUAAUCCAUGGUCACUUCCUCUCAUGCCGUCAGCCAGGAAACUACCUCUUCCACUUGCUCUCUUCACCUCUACAGCUGAGAAAAAGAGCUUAUUUACUCACACGCAGUGCAUUCAAGCUGCUAGAGAUUGACAAGCAGUGCCAUCUGCUGCAGCCUGGGCAGGUGGUGGUGGAGUGUGGUGCCUCGCCAGGGGCCUGGACACAAGUGGCUGUGAUGGGUGUCAACAGUCUUCCACAUGAAUUAUUGGUUUGGAAGGGGGUACCAACAUCAUUCUUGGCCACCAGUGUGAACCCUAGGCACAGGAAGGCCAAGAACAAGGGUCAGGGUAUGGUGAUAAGAAUUGACUUGCAGACCAUCCAUCCACUGCCUGGUGCCACUCUGCUAGGUGGGAGAGACUUCACCUCACCACAGACACAGCAGCAAAUACUGGAACUCCUCAGCAGCAGAAAGAUUGAUGUUGUGCUGUCAGAUAUGGCACCAAAAGCUUCAGGCAUAAAAGACUUGGACCAUGAGAACAUCAUCAGACUGGCCUAUGCUGCUCUUGGGUUUGCUAUUCAGAACACAGCAGAGGGAGGCAGCUUCUUGUGCAAGGUGGUGAACAUGCACUGCUUCCUGCACACAUCAUUAACAUCACCCCUCUCAUUUCUGAUCUGGUUGGCUCACUUGUAUGUGGUGGAUUCAAGGAGGCAACGGCAGCAUGGUGUGGCAAGGGUUCCUGAUACAGCAGCUGAUCAGUGACAUGAAGAAAUCAUUUAGGACAGUGAAGGUUGUGAAGCCACCAGCAAGUAGGGGAGAUUCAUCUGAAAAAUUCUUGGUUGGGAAAGAAUUAUUCUAUGAGCCAGACACAUGAUACAGUAUGUGACAGUGCAUAAAGGGCCUAUCACACAGCAAAAUUUCCAUUCUUCAGUCAGACCCAGGAUUACUGCUGGUAUGGUCCUCAUUAUUGACAAUUGACAGGGUAUCCAUAGUCUUCUAAUGCUAUGGUAGAUUUCACCAGAGGACCACAAUUUUUGUUUUGAUAUCCUGUUGAAUACUGAUGACUAAUAUAAACAAUAUGACUAAUGAGAGAAACAUGAUGCACCAUGAAAAUGCUUGAUGCAGGUCACUGGUGUUUUGCUUAAUAUUAGUUAGCCAUGGAGUAUGGUAACAUGUCUGCAAAGGUCGUGGUAAAGUCAUGCUUGUUUCCCAUUUAAUGAUAUUUGUGUUUAAUUUACAUCUAGAACAGCAGCUGUUUCAUUCAAUUUAAAAACAUUGUUUGGCACACCAGACACACUAUUUGUCUUUUUUUAUACCUAUAUUGGGAGGUGUAGCAGAGAAGUAAAGGGUAAACCUUGGUUAGUCUGGGAAAAUAGCUAAUUUAGGACAGCUCUAGAACAGAGCCUCAAACUUUUUUUUUUUCCUUUUUUUUUUUUACUUAGUGAUGCACUAAAGGUACAUUUUGGAUUUUGACAUCCCUGCAGUUAGUGUAGUGUGGGUCUACUAAAAGGCUCAAACUUAAGAAUACAUACCUAUCAAGGAAAAUUAGGCAGCACGCUUUAGUGAUAAUCAUGGCUCACAAGUAUCUUUGGCUCUUAGAGCCAAAGAUACUAAGUUUUGAUGGCCAACUAGUAUUGCACUGAUGAAUACCUUUAAUUUUAUCAAACAUGCCUUGUUUUCUUAUAUGCUAGAAACUGACUGAAGAAAAUGUAAAUUGGCAGUUCUCAUUCUAUGGGAUUAAGAGGUCAUUCAAUUUGAAUAAAGUAUGCUUUUCUCUUACUCA